GCGCGUGCCCAGCCCCGAGCGCGUUCCCGCACUCGGGCGCCGCUGGCUGCGAGCGCUCAGAUCGUGGCCGCCGCAGCCCGCGCAGGCAGGCAGGGGGACAGCGUCCGGCCCGAAGCCCCGCGCCUGGCCCGGGCUCGGUUCCUGCGCCCACGCGCCGCCCAGCCCCGCAUUCGCCUCUCCUCUCCUCCUCUGUCUCGCUCUCGCUCUCUUUCUGUCUCUGUCUCUCUGUUUGCCUGUCUGUCUCUCUUUUUCUCUCUCUCUCCCUCCCUCUUUCUCUCUGUCACGGGCGUCCCCUGCCUCAGUGUCCCCACCCUCUGCACCCUAACCUGCACCCCGGCGGCCGGCGAGGGGCCGCGGACCCGGCUGGAGAUGCGAAUCCUGCAGCGCUUCCUCGCGUGCGUCCAGCUACUGUGCGUGUGUCGCCUGGAUUGGGCUUAUGGAUACUACAGACAACAGAGAAAACUUGUUGAAGAGAUUGGCUGGUCCUAUACAGGAGCACUGAAUCAAAAAAACUGGGGAAAGAAAUAUCCAAUAUGUAACAGCCCAAAGCAGUCUCCUAUUAAUAUUGAUGAGGAUCUUACACAAGUCAAUGUGAAUCUUAAGAAACUGAAAUUUCAGGGGUGGGAAAAAGCAUCCUUGGAAAACACUUUCAUUCACAACACUGGGAAAACAGUGGAAAUAAAUCUCACCAAUGACUACUAUCUCAGUGGAGGACUUUCAGAAAAGCUAUUCAAGGCGAGCAAAAUAACUUUUCACUGGGGAAAAUGCAAUGUGUCAUCUGAAGGGUCAGAGCACAGUUUGGAAGGGCAGAAGUUCCCACUUGAGAUGCAGCUCUACUGCUUCGACGCAGAUCGAUUUUCAAGUUUUGAGGAAGCAGUGAAAGGAAAGGGGAGACUAAGGGCUUUAUCUGUUUUAUUUGAGAUUGGAAUUGAAGAAAAUUUGGAUUUCAAAACCAUUAUGGAUGGGAUUGAGAGUGUUAGUCGUUUUGGGAAGCAAGCUGCCUUAGAUCCGUUCAUCCUGCAGAACCUUCUGCCAAACUCCACUGACAAGUAUUACAUUUACAACGGCUCACUGACAUCUCCUCCGUGCACAGACACCGUUGAAUGGAUUGUUUUUAAGGAUACAGUUAGCAUUUCCGAAAGCCAGCUGGCUGUGUUUUGUGAAGUUCUCACAAUGCAACAGUCUGGGUAUGUCAUGUUGAUGGAUUACUUACAAAACAAUUUCCGAGAACAACAGUACAAGUUUUCCAGGCAGGUGUUUUCCUCAUACACUGGAAAAGAAGAGAUUCACGAGGCAGUGUGCAGUUCAGAGCCAGAAAAUGUGCAAGCUGACCCUGAAAACUACACCAGCCUUCUGGUCACAUGGGAAAGACCUCGAGUUGUUUAUGACACUAUGAUUGAGAAGUUUGCCGUUCUGUACCAGCCACUGGAGGGAAACGACCAAACCAAGCAUGAGUUUUUAACAGAUGGCUAUCAGGACUUGGGUGCUAUUCUCAAUAACUUGCUACCUAAUAUGAGUUAUGUUCUUCAAAUAGUGGCCAUAUGCACUAAUGGCUUAUAUGGAAAAUACAGUGACCAACUGGUAGUUGACAUGCCUACUGAAGAUUCUGAACUUGACCUUUUUCCUGAAUUAAUUGGAUCUGAAGAAAUCAUCAAGGAGGAAGAAUAUGGAAAAGACAAUGAAGAAAACACUGGCUUGAAUCCCAGUAGAGACAGUACCACAAAUCAAAUAAGGAAAAAGGAACCCCAGGUUUCUACCACAACUCACUAUACUCACAUGGGGACUAAAUAUAAUGAAGCCAAGACUAACAGAUCGCCAACAAGAGGAAGUGAAUUCUCUGGAAAGAGUGACGACGUUCUCAACACAUCUCUGAACUCUACUUCCCAGCAAGUUGCUGAAUUAGAUACAGAAGAAGAAAUGUCCUUGCCUUCUCAGACUGGAACUAAGCUGCCACCACACAGUGUGGAAGGUACUUCAGCCUCCUUAAAUGAUGGAUCUAAAACUCUCUUUGUCUUCCCACAGAUGAACUUGUCUGGGACUGCAGAAUCCUUAAACAUGGUUUCCCUAACAGAGUAUCAAGAGGUGUCUACUGACAUCGGGGAGGAAGAAAACUUACUGACUGAUUUCAAGCUUGAUAGGGGAGCUGAUGAUUCUUCAGGCUCCAGCCCCGCAACCUCUGCUGUCCCUUUUUUCUCAGAUAAUAUAUCCCAUGGAUAUAUAUCUUCUUCAGAAAUGCCUGAGGCAAUCACAUAUGAUGUGCUGAAGCCAGGAUCUACAAGAAAUGCUUCAGAAGACUCAGCUUCAUCAGGUUCAGAUGAGUCACUAAAGGAUCUUGAUGGCAGUGUGUGGUUUCCUGGCUCCACAGACCAAACAACACAGUCUGAGACUGGAUCUGGCAGAGAGAGCUUUCUCCAGGUUAACUCCACGGACAUACAAAUUGAUGAAUCUGGGGAGACAACUGAGUCAUUUUCUCCAGAUGCCAUGUUCUCACAGGGUCCUUCAGUCACAGAUAUGGAAAUGCCUCAUUAUUCUACCUUUGCCUACCUCCCAACUGAAGUAACACCACAUGCUUUUACUCCAUCCUCCAGACCACUUGAUUUGGCUCCCACUAUCACCGUGCUCCAGUCACAGACAACUCAACCAGUAUACAAUGGUGAGACACCUGUUCAACCUUCCUACAGUAGUGAAGUCUUUCCUCUAGUCACCCCUUUGUUGCUUGACAAUCAGACCCUCAACACUACCCCUGCUGCUUCAAGUAGUGAUUCGGCCUUGCAUGCUACGCCUGUAUUUCCCAGUGUUGGUGUGUCAUUUGAAUCCAUCCUGUCUUCCUAUGAUGGUGCACCUUUGCUCCCAUUUUCCUCUGCUUCCUUCAGUAGUGAAUUGUUUCGCCAUCCGCAUACAGUUUCUCAAACCCUUCCACAAGUUACUUCAGCUGCUGAGAGGGAUAAGCUGUCUUUGCAUGCUUCUCUGCUGGUGGCUGGGGGUGAUUUGCUGUUAGAACCCAGCCUUGUUCAAUAUUCUGAUGUGGUGUCUCAUCAGGCCACUACUCAUACUGCUUCAGAGACGUUGGAAUUUAGUAGUGAAUCUGCUGUCCUUUAUAAAACGUCUAUGGUUUCUCAAAUUGAAUCAGCCAGCAGUGAUGCCAUUAUGCAUGCAUAUUCUUCAGGGCCUGAACCUUCUUAUGCCUUUGAGGGCUCCCACCACAUGCUCACUGUUCCUUACAGUUCUGCAAUACCUGUGCAUGAUUCUGUCGAUGUAUCUGAUCAGGGGUCCUUACUUGUCAGUCCUAGCCAUAUAUCAAUGCCUGAGUCCUCAUUUGUUACUCCAACUGCAUCAUUACAGCACCCUCCUCCUGCCCUCUCUGGUGAUGGAGAGUGGUCUGGAGCCUCCUCUGAUAGUGAAUUGCUUUUACCUGACACAGAUGGGCUGAGAACUCUUAACCUUUCUUCACCUGUUUCUGUAGCUGAAUUUACAUAUACGACAUCUGUGUUUGGUGAGGAUGUUAAGCCGCUUUCUAAAAGUGAGAUAAUGUAUGAAAAUGAGACGGAACUGAACAUGUCUUCUUUCAGUGAGAUGGCGUACCACUCCAAAAGCACAGUCAUGCCAAAGAUGUCUGAUGUUGUAAAUAAGUGGAAUACAUCUUCACAAGAAACCCCGGUUUCUAUUUCUGGCAUAAAUGGCAUGCUUCCAGAGUCUCUUGCUUAUCCCAUCACUAAGGUUUUUGAUCAUGAGAUUAGUCAAGUUCCAGAAAAUAACGUCCCAGUUCAAGCUACACACACUGUAUCUCAAGCAUUUGGUGACACUUGGUUUACACCCGUGCUUAGCACAAACUCAGAGCCAGCAUUCUUUGACCCUGCUUCUAGUGAAGUAUUCCGUCCUUCAGCACAACCCUUGCUCUAUGAGGCCGCAUCUCCUUUUAAUACUGAAGUAUUGCUGCAACCUUCCUUUCAGGCUUCUGAUGUUGACACCUUGCUUAAAACUGCUCUUCCAUCUGUGCCUAGCGAUCCACUAUUGGCUGAAACCCCCAAGGUUCAACAAAGUAGCUCUUCCAUAUUGCAUCCCAUGGCAUCAGACUCUGCUUCAAGGGAAAGCAUGCUGCACUUUACAUCUGUACCACUUCUCGAUGCAUCGCCUUCUCACGCGCACUCCACUUCACUUCAAGGUUUAACAUUUCCUUACACAAGUGAGCAAUAUUUUGAACAAGGUUUGCUUAAGAGCAAAAGUCCCCAGCAAGUUCUGCCAUCUGUGUACAGUAAUGCUGAGUUGUUCCAAACUGCACAUCUGGAUAUUAGCCAGGCCUUUCCUCAGAAAGAGGGGCGUGCGUUUGCUACUCCUGUUCUGUCCAUUGAUGAACCACAGAAUACACUCAUAAACAAGCUUGUGUAUUCCGAGGAAGUUUCCAUGGCCACUGAAAGUUCUGUUACCGAUAAGGUACUUGCUGGUCUUCAGACAGUUGUUUCUGAUGUACUUGAAUCUACUGACCAUUCUGUCCCAUUAGGAAGUGGGUACCUUUCUACUGCAACUGUUUCUCCCAACAGAGAUGACUCUGUGACUACAGCCAAGUGGCUUCUUCCUUCUAAAGCUACUUCUCAACUGACUCAUAGUGCCAGAUCUGAGGCUGACUUAGUGCGAGGUGAAGAUGGUGAUGACUAUGAUGAUGAUUAUGAUGACAUAGAUAGUGAUCACUUUCCCAUAAAUAAGUGUAUGUCAUGUUCACCCUAUAGAGAGUCCCAAGAAAAGGUAAUGAAUGACUCAGACACACAGGAAAACAGUCUUGUGCAUCAGAGUGACCCAGGUUCACAUUUGCUAUUUGAGAAUCCCGAAGAAGAAAAUGGAGGCGCAGGUGUAACUAGUGUGGCUCAAAGUCCUGAUAAGUCACCAACAACAAAUCCGCCACCCCAGAAGGACAGUGAGGGGAAAGAGGACAGUAACACUCUGGCGGGCAGUGCUGUCCUUCCUCUCACCCCAGAAUCUAAAGCCUGGACAGUUCUGACAAGUGAUGAAGAGAGUGGGUCAGGGCAAGGCACUUCAGAUAGCCUUAAUGAUAAUGAGACUUCCACAGAUUUCAGUUUUCCAGAUGUUAAUGAAAAGGAUGCUGAUGGUGUCCUGGAAGCAGAUGACACAGGCAUAGCUCCGGGAUCUCCACGGUCCUCCACACCAUCUGUUAAUAGUGGGCACUCAGAAGUAUCCAACAGUUCAGAGGCAGAGGCCAGUAAUAGUAGCCAUGAGUCUCGUAUUGGUCUAGCUGAGGGGCUGGAGUCUGAGAAGAAGGCAGUUAUCCCCCUUGUGAUCGUAUCCGCCCUGACUUUUAUCUGUCUAGUGGUUCUUGUUGCUAUUCUCAUCUAUUGGAGAAAAUGCUUCCAGACUGCACACUUUUAUUUAGAAGACAAUACAUCCCCUCGAGUAAUAUCUACACCACCAACACCCAUCUUUCCAAUUUCAGAUGAUAUUGGAGCAAUUCCAAUAAAGCACUUUCCAAAACAUGUUGCAGACUUACAUGCAAGUAAUGGGUUCACUGAGGAAUUUGAGACACUGAAAGAGUUUUACCAGGAAGUGCAGAGCUGUACUGUUGACUUAGGUAUUACAGCAGACAGCUCCAAUCAUCCAGACAACAAGCACAAGAACAGAUACGUCAAUAUUGUAGCCUAUGACCAUAGCAGGGUUAAGCUUACACAACUUGCUGAAAAAGACGGAAAAGUGACAGACUACAUCAAUGCCAAUUAUGUUGAUGGCUACAACAGACCAAAGGCUUACAUUGCUGCCCAGGGUCCACUGAAGUCCACAGCAGAAGACUUCUGGAGAAUGAUAUGGGAGCAUAAUGUAGAAGUCAUCGUUAUGAUAACAAACCUUGUGGAGAAAGGAAGAAGAAAAUGUGACCAGUACUGGCCUACUGAUGGUAGUGAAGAAUAUGGAAGUUUCCUGGUCAACCAAAAGAAUGUUCAGGUGCUUGCUUAUUAUACUGUGAGGAAUUUCACGCUAAGAAACACAAAAAUAAAAAAGGGCUCUCAGAAAGGAAGAUCCAGUGGGCGCCUAGUCACACAGUACCAUUACACUCAGUGGCCUGACAUGGGUGUUCCAGAGUACUCACUGCCGGUGCUGACCUUCGUGAGAAAGGCUGCCCAGGCCAAGCGCCAUGCCGUGGGACCAGUUGUUGUCCACUGCAGUGCUGGCGUGGGGAGAACGGGCACAUACAUUGUGCUUGACAGUAUGCUGCAACAGAUUCAACACGAAGGAACCGUCAACAUAUUUGGCUUCUUAAAACACAUUCGUUCACAAAGAAAUUACUUGGUGCAAACGGAGGAACAGUAUGUCUUCAUUCAUGACACACUAGUGGAGGCCAUACUGAGCAAAGAAACAGAAGUUCCAGAAAGCCACAUGCAUUCCUAUGUCAAUACACUCCUCAUUCCUGGACCAACAGGCAAGAUGAAACUAGAGAGACAAUUCCAGCUUCUGAGUCAGUCAAAUAUUCUUCAGAGUGACUACUCCACAGCCCUGAAGCAGUACAACAGGGAGAAGAAUCGAACGUCCUCCAUCAUCCCUGUGGAAAGAUCAAGGGUGGGCAUUUCAUCCCUGAGUGGAGAAGGCACAGAUUACAUCAAUGCAUCCUAUAUCAUGGGUUAUUACCAGAGCAAUGAAUUCAUCAUCACCCAGCAUCCCCUUCUGCACACCAUUAAGGACUUCUGGAGAAUGAUAUGGGAUCAUAAUGCCCAGCUGGUGGUUAUGAUUCCAGAUGGUCAAAACAUGGCAGAGGAUGAAUUUGUUUACUGGCCAAAUAAAGAUGAGCCCAUAAACUGUGAAAGCUUCAAAGUCACUCUUAUGUCUGAAGAACACAAAUGUCUGUCUAAUGAGGAAAAGCUGAUAGUUCAAGACUUCAUCUUAGAAGCGACACAGGAUGAUUAUGUGCUGGAAGUAAGGCAUUUUCAGUGUCCCAAAUGGCCAAACCCGGAUAGUCCCAUUAGUAAAACAUUUGAACUUAUAAGUAUUAUCAAAGAAGAAGCCGCUAACAGGGAUGGGCCCAUGAUUGUUCACGAUGAGCAUGGAGGAGUAACAGCGGGAACUUUCUGUGCUCUGACAACACUUAUGCACCAACUAGAAAAAGAAAAUUCUAUGGAUGUUUACCAAGUAGCCAAGAUGAUCAAUUUAAUGAGGCCAGGAGUCUUCACUGACAUUGAACAGUAUCAGUUCCUCUACAAAGUGGUCCUCAGCCUCGUCAGCACAAGGCAGGAAGAGAAUCCAUCCACCUCUCUGGAGAGUAAUGGUGCAGCUUUGCCUGAUGGAAACAUAGCUGAAAGCCUGGAGUCUUUAGUUUAACACAGAAAGGGUGAAGGACAACCCAAUCUAAGCAUUGCUCUCCUCUCUCUCAAACUAGAAAAAUGAGUCAGUUCUGUUGUCUGUUUACUUCCCGUGACAUGACAGUAACUCAUUCCGCUGCCAAAUUGACACCAUUAACAACGUGUGCCUUUUUGAAAGACUUCUUGUAAUUCACUUAUUAUGUUUGAACUAAAAUGAUUGAAUUUUACAGGAUUUCUAAGAACUGAAUUGUGGUAUUUUUUUCCAUAUUGAUUUUAACAGAAAAAAAAUCAAUUUAUAGAUAAUAGGAAUCACCAUCCUUGGAAGAUGUUUGUUUUUAAGUGUCAAAUUUUUAGCUGUAUUUGUAGCAAUCAUCAGGUUUGCUAGAAAUAUAACUUUUAAUAUAGUAGGUUGUGAGUAAACCACUUUAUCCCCAAUGAUAUUCAACAUUUUACAACUGCAGUAUUCAUCUCAAGUAGAAGUGAUCUAGUAACUUAUGUAAAUACUGCUCUGGUGUCUCCAUGGACCAAAUUUAUAUUUAUAAUUGUAGAUUUUUAUAUUUUACUACUGUGUGAGUUUUCUAGUGGUGUGCUUAAGUUUAAUGAUGUAGUUUAUUCUCUGGUCUUACUUACUUUACAUGUCUUCUAAAAUUAUACUGUGCUAGCCAAGGAACUAACCCUGUUUCUGCAUGUCAUUUUAACUCUUGUGGAAAAUAGAAAACCACUUGUUUUCAAGAAUGUUUUUAUGAGAAUAACACCUUACCAAACAUUCCUUAAAUGGUUUUUAUUGAAGAAGUUGCAAAAAUAAAUAUAUUGCCGUUGACUCGUG